AGAUGGUUGGCGGAGGCCUCUAACAUUACGGCUAUACUGCGCUCUGCACUUCCAGCACUGCAGCUACUGCAGGCGCUGCGCUUAAUGCACCGCUCUCCUCUGGUGCCCGAGGGUUUAUGAGGAUUUGACGUUGGGGGAUUAACGGACACAGAGACACAGACACGAACUCGACCUAGAAUCAAACGACAAUGAGCUGUACUCGAACUCGGGGCUGAAACGGACCUCUGCUCCUCGCAUUACCUUCCAAGGCUGAGCAGAUAUGAGUCAGUUUCGGUCACUGGCUGGUGUCCUACGGGGCAGUGGCCUGUGGAUGCUGGGUCGUAAUGGGCCAGGGAGACCAGUGUUUAACCCCCGUCGAGGCUGUUCCUCUCGGGUCGCUCAGCUGUCACCGUCAGCCCUCAGCUCCAGCUAUGUGGAGGAGAUGUACUAUGCCUGGCUUGAGGAUCCCAAAAAUGUUCAUGAGUCUUGGGAUGCCUACUUCCGCAAUGCCCAGGCCAGCAGUUCAGUUGGGGAAGCAGAAGAGAGGCGCCCAUCCAUGCUUCUACAGGGUCGAGCCAUGUCCCAGACACCUGCCAUGUCCCAGAAAGUGGUCGAGGAUCACUUAGCUGUCCACAACCUUAUAAGAGCCUACCAGAUCCGAGGCCAUCAUGUGGCUCAACUGGACCCUCUUGGCAUCCUUACAGCUGACAUAGAUUCUUUUGUCCCCUCAGAUUUGAUAACAACCAUUGACAAGCUUGGGUUCUAUGGCUUGGACGAGUCUGAUCUGGACAAGACCUUUCAGUUACCAUCCACAACAUUUAUUGGAGGUCAGGAAACCACACUUCCACUCAGGGAAAUCAUUCACAGACUUGAGACAUCAUACUGUGGUCAUAUUGGCGUGGAAUUCAUGUUCAUCAACAACGUAGAGCAGUGUCAGUGGAUCCGGCAGAAAUUUGAGACUCCGGGCAUCAUGAAAUUUACUGACAGAGAGAAGAGGACACUGCUGGCCAGACUGGUGCGCUCAACUCGUUUUGAGGACUUCCUGGCCCGCAAAUGGUCUUCAGAGAAGCGCUUUGGCUUAGAGGGCUGUGAAGUCCUUAUCCCUGCCUUGAAGAUGAUCAUUGACAGGUCAAGUGCAGCUGGAAUAGAGAGUGUAAUCAUGGGCAUGCCCCACAGGGGUCGACUGAACGUGCUGGCCAAUGUUGUUCGGAAAGAUCUUGAUCAGAUAUUCUGUCAGUUUGAUCCCAAACUUGAAGCUGCAGAUGAGGGCUCAGGAGAUGUGAAGUACCACCUGGGCAUGUACCAUGAGCGGAUCAACAGGGAGACGGAUAAGAACAUCACCCUGUCGCUCAUGGCUAACCCCUCUCACCUGGAGGCAGUGGACCCUGUAGUGCAGGGCAAAACUAAAGCAGAGCAGUUCUACAGAGGAGACACUGAAGGGAAGAAGGUGAUGUCUAUUCUGAUGCACGGUGAUGCAGCAUUUGCUGGUCAAGGAGUUGUCUAUGAAACCUUCCAUCUCAGUGAGCUCCCCUCAUACACCACUCUUGGCACCAUCCAUGUUGUUGUCAACAAUCAGAUUGGCUUCACCACUGAUCCGCGAAUGGCACGCUCUUCUCCCUACCCCACUGAUGUGGCUCGUGUGGUCAACGCACCCAUCUUCCAUGUCAAUGCUGAUGACCCUGAGGCUGUAAUGUAUGUGUGUAGAGUGGCUGCAGAAUGGAGGAGCACCUUUAACAAGGAUGUGGUCAUAGACCUGGUUUGUUACCGGCGCUUUGGCCACAACGAGAUGGACGAGCCCAUGUUUACUCAGCCUCUGAUGCACAAGCAGAUACGCAAGCAGGAGCACGUGCUGAAGAAAUAUGCAGACAAGCUCAUCUCUGAGGGUGUGGUUACUCUGCAGGAGUUUGAGGAGGAAGUGGCCAAGUAUGACAAAAUCUGUGAAGAAGCAUACACCGCCUCCAAAGAUGAGAAGAUACUACACAUCCGCCACUGGCUAGACUCACCUUGGCCAAACUUCUUCACAGUUGAGGGUGAACCAAAGUGUAUGAGCUAUCCCCCUACUGGGCUGACUGACGAGGUCCUGAAGCACAUUGGCGAAGCUGCCAGCUCUGUCCCUCUGCAGGACUUCUCCAUUCACAGUGGAGUUUCAAGGAUCUUACGAGGCCGGGCUGACAUGCUUAGUAAACGUACAGUGGACUGGGCUCUGGGGGAGUACAUGGCCUUUGGCUCUCUGCUGAAAGAUGGAAUUCAUGUGAGACUGAGUGGGCAGGAUGUGGAGAGAGGAACCUUCAGUCACCGUCAUCAUGUCCUGCAUGACCAGGAAGUGGAUAAACGAUUUUGUGUCCCACUGAACCAUCUGUGGCCAGACCAAGCCCCUUACACAGUGUGCAACAGCUCUCUGUCUGAGUAUGGAGUAUUGGGUUUUGAGCUGGGGUUUGCUAUGGCUAGUCCCAAUGCUCUUGUGUGCUGGGAGGCUCAGUUUGGGGACUUUCACAACACAGCACAGUGUAUCAUUGACCAGUUCAUCAGUUCAGGCCAGGCCAAGUGGGUCCGCAACAACGGCAUUGUCCUGCUACUGCCCCAUGGCAUGGAGGGAAUGGGCCCAGAGCACUCGUCAGCACGACCUGAGCGUUUCUUGCAGAUGAGCAAGGAUGACCCUGAUCGCUAUCCGGAAUUCACUGGUGAUUUUGAGGUCCAACAGCUUUACGACUGCAACUGGAUCGUGGUUAACUGCUCAACACCUGCCAACUACUUUCAUGUGCUGAGGAGGCAGAUCUUAUUACCAUUCAGAAAGCCUCUAAUUAUUUUUACUCCUAAGUCCUUGCUGAGGCUCCCUGAGGCCCGUUCCAGUUUUGAUGAGAUGACCACAGGAACAAAGUUCAGAAGAAUCAUACCAGAUGAGGGUCCUUCAUCUAAAAACCCAGGCAAAGUGAAGAGAGUCAUCUUCUGCACUGGUAAAGUCUACUAUGAGCUGGCAAAAGAGAGAAAACAGCUCAAACUAGAGGAUACAGUGGCAAUAGUCCGACUGGAGCAGAUAUCACCAUUUCCUUUUGACCUCAUCAAGGCUGAAGUUGAGCUUUAUGCCAAUGCUGAACUGGUAUGGUGUCAGGAAGAGCAUAAAAACAUGGGUUAUUACGACUAUGUAAGGCCACGCUUCCUCACUGUGCUGUCCAAUAAGAAACCAGUAUGGUAUGUUGGCCGUGACCCUGCUGCAGCCCCUGCCACAGGAAACAAGUUCACUCACCUGGCGGAGCUCAAGAGGUUCAUGGACACUGCGUUCCACCUCAAUGCCUUUGAGGGCAGGAGCUUUUGAUGCUGUUGAAUCAGCUACUUUAAGCUUUCAUUAGACUUAGCGAUUUUGACCUCAUGUAUGCCUUGCUCACAAUGCACAAUACUUGCUCACAUGUAGCAUUAGAAUAAUAUUAUAUCCAUUAAGAUUUUCACUGUUAUUCUAAUCUCAGAUACUG